AUGUCAGCUCGUGUGGCCGGAUACGCGGCCAUCGCUUUCUCCGUUUCCUCGCUCUUCCUCGUUUCCACCUUCGUUCCUGCACUGUGGAACAAGAUCAAUGACAUCACCGGGGAGCUCCAUUACGAUAUGAAUGAGUUCCGUGAUCUGCACAAUGAGGUUUGGGCCAACAUGAGAGGAGAGACCUUCGGAAACUCUGUUGUUCCGUUCGCCAGAAAGAAGAGACAGACUACCCGUCCAGGAGAAUGCGGUACGCUCCUUCUGUCCGUUUCUUUACCUCAUCCACUUCUUUUCAGUCUGCAACUCGAACAGCGCUUGCCCACCAGGAGCAGCCGGACCGCCAGGAACGCCAGGAUUGGACGGAACUGCUGGACUUGCCGGAGAUCCGGGAGCGCCAGGACUUCCAGGAAACUACCCGUCCAUCAACAUGGAUGCUCACCAGCAGUGCCGCAUGUGCCCACCAGGACCACCAGGAUUCCCAGGACCAGCUGGACCACCAGGAGCUCCAGGAGAGAAAGGAAACGACGGAGCGGCAGGACUGCGUGGACCAGACGGACACCCAGGACAUCCAGGAAAUCCAGGAUAUGGAGGAGAACCAGGAUCACCAGGAAACAAUGGACAGCCGGGAGACAAGGGAAGAGACGGAAGCCACGGAUCGAAGGGAGCUCCAGGAGCACAGGGACCACAGGGACCACAAGGACAACCAGGGUUCCCAGGACAGCAAGGGAACGACGGAAACAGCGGAGUGCCAGGAAUUCAGGGAACUUCGGGAGGUCCAGGACAAGACGGAGCUCCAGGAGCGCCAGGAUUCGACGGACAGCAGGGACCUUCGGGAACCCCUGGAGAGGAUGCCAACUACUGCAAGUGCCCUCCAAGAAGCAAGCUUUCUCGUUGA